AGCAGCCUCAGGCGGCGGUGCGACGGUCCCCGCCAUGUCUGCGGCCAUGAGGCAGAGGUUCGACCGGUUCCUGCACGAAAAGAACUACAUGACUGACCUUCUGGCCAAGCUCGAGGCCAAGACCGGCGUGAACCGGAGCUUCAUCGCGCUUGGUGUCAUCGGGCUGGUGGCCCUGUACCUGGUGUUCGGUUAUGGAGCCUCUCUCCUCUGCAACCUGAUAGGAUUUGGCUACCCAGCCUACAUCUCAAUUAAAGCCAUAGAGAGUCCCAAUAAAGAAGAUGAUACUCAGUGGCUGACCUACUGGGUAGUGUAUGGUGUUUUCAGCAUUGCCGAAUUCUUCUCUGAUAUCUUUCUGUCAUGGUUCCCCUUCUACUACAUGCUGAAGUGUGGCUUCUUACUGUGGUGCAUGGCACCAAGCCCUUCUAAUGGAGCUGAACUGCUCUACAAGCGUAUCAUCCGUCCUUUCUUCCUGAAACAUGAGUACCAGGUAGACAGUGUGGUGAAAGAUCUGAAAGACAAAGCCAAAGAGACUGCAGAUGCCAUCACUAAAGAAGCCAAAAAAGCUACCGUGAAUUUACUGGGUGAAGAAAAGAAGAGCACCUAAAUGAAUGACUGGAUGACACUUUUCUGCCCUCUCCAUACCUUCCUGUUGUAGCCUGAUGUUAUAUUAGGGAUUGUGGUAUAGUCAUUUUAAUAAUGUUGCCUUGGAAACAUUUUUGAUACAUUAAAAAAGGAAUGUG